GUGAUGGGGCUGAUCCUGAGCGUGGCCUCCUGCCUCAUCAUCUCCACCAACCUGCUGGUGGCGGCUGCUCUGCUCAAGCUCCUGCUCAAGAAGAGCAGCCAGAGCUGGUGCUUCGUCCUCAACCUGGCGCUGGCGGACGCUCUGGUCGGCGUCGCCAUCACCGGCCUCGCCACCGAGGAUUUCAACAGCGACAGCAUCCACAAGUGGCGAAGCGACGUCGCCGCCGACGUCCUGGUCAACGCCACGCCGGUCGCUCAGGGGAAGACCCAGUGUCUGAUUCGCAUGGCCUUCGUGACGUCGCCCUGCACGGCCUCCAUCUUGUCCAUGCUCCUGAUCUCGCUCGACCGCUACGCCGCCAUCAAGAUGCCGCUGCGCUACUCGCUGCUGUCCGGGAGGUUGACGGCAGCCGGGUUCCUGCUGGCUCUGUGGCUCAGCGCCAUCGCCGUGGGGUUCUCUCCAGUCAUGGUCCGGCAGCUGCAGGCCGACGGCGCCUACGACGGCUUCUGCGCCUUCUUCUCCGUCAUCGACAAGGCGAGCAUCGUGGUGCUGCUCUGCUCCUGCUUCUUCCCCGUGCUCUGCCUGUUCAUCUACAUCUACCUGGACAUCCUCAAGAUCGCCUGCAGCCACGAGAAGCAGAUCUGCAGAAUUCGACAGGCCAGCUCACGCGCAGCCGAGCAGCACCAGCAGUGGCAGCACCAGCACCAGCACCAGCACCAGCACCAGCACCAGUACCAGCACCAGCACCAGCACCAGCUGCGGAGCUGCUACUGGAGCCACUUCAAAGCCCUGAGGACGGUGGCGCUGCUGGUCGGCUGCUUCUUCUUCCUCUGGUGCCCCUUCUUCGUGGUUUGCAUCGUGCACACGGUGUGCAAGAGCUGCGAGCUGAAGAGCCUGCUGGAGAACCACCUGUGGCUGCUGGGCCUGACCAACUCCCUCAUCAACCCUCUGGUCUACGCCUGCUGGCAGCGGGAGGUGCGGCUGCAGCUGGCGGCCAUGUUUUCCUUCAUAAAGUGCAGGCUGUUGGCUGCAGGACCGCCGGGGGCUGCAGAAAGAUGCAACGCGCAGCCGCCCGUGCAGACUCAGGCCUGCGUGUCUGGAGGAGAUACCCACAAUCCUUCGCUGCUGCAGCCGACGACCACCUCUGAGGUCCACGCUGUGCCGCUAUCCGCCACGACCGGCUUGUGA